UCUGGUUGUGGGGAUGUUGGAUCCGCCGCGUGGCUCUUACUGCGCUGCCCCAGAAGGAGGUCUUGCUUUGCUUCAGCAAUUUUUCCAGCUGGUGAAAUUACGCAAGCUUGGCUUGAGUGAUAAUGAGAUCCAGCGGCUCCCCCCUGAAAUCGCGAACUUCAUGCAGCUGGUGGAACUGGACGUGUCUCGAAACGACAUCCCUGAGAUUCCAGAAAGCAUCUCCUUCUGUAAAGCGCUGCAGAUAGCUGACUUCAGCGGGAACCCUCUGACCAGGCUGCCAGAAAGCUUCCCUGAAUUACAGAAUUUAACAUGUCUGUCUGUAAACGACAUCUCCCUGCAGUCUCUGCCUGACAAUAUUGGCAAUCUGUGUAACCUGGCUUCCCUGGAACUGAGAGAGAACCUUCUUACGUAUCUUCCUGACUCUCUUGCCCAGCUCCAGAGACUAGAAGAACUUGAUUUAGGAAACAAUGAAAUAUAUAAUUUGCCAGAAUCGAUUGGCGCGCUCUUCCAUCUGAAAGACCUCUGGUUGGAUGGAAACCAGCUCUCGGAAUUGCCUCAGGAAAUAGGAAAUCUGAAUAACCUGCUGUGCUUAGAUGUCUCUGAAAAUAAGUUGGAAAGACUUCCUGAAGAAAUCAGUGGCCUGACUUCAUUAACAGAUCUAGUAAUUUCGCAGAACUUGCUGGAGAGCAUUCCAGAUGGCAUUGGGAAGCUGAAGAAGCUGUCCAUCUUGAAGGCGGAUCAGAACAGACUCACGCAGCUGCCCGAAGCCAUUGGCGAGUGCGAGAGCCUCACAGAGCUGGUUCUUACGGAGAAUCGGCUCCUGACCUUACCUAAGAGCGUUGGAAAACUUAAGAAGUUGAGCAACUUGAACGCAGACAGAAAUAAAUUAGUGUCUUUACCAAAAGAGAUUGGCGGCUGCUGCAGCCUCACUGUGUUCUGCGUGCGAGACAACAGACUCACUCGGAUACCUGCCGAGGUGUCGCAGGCAACAGAACUUCACGUCCUAGAUGUGGCGGGGAACAGGUUGUUGCAUCUGCCCUUGUCACUGACUGCCCUGAAGCUGAAGGCCCUGUGGUUAUCUGACAACCAGUCCCAGCCUCUGCUCACUUUUCAGACGGAUACAGACCACACCACGGGAGAGAAGAUCUUAACUUGUGUCUUACUGCCGCAGCUGCCUUCUGAACCUUCCCGUCAAGAGAACCUGCCUCGCUGCGGGGCUCUGGAGAGCCUGGUGCAGGACGUCUCCGAUGAUGCCUGGAGCAUGCACCCUGUGCACAGGGUCAGUGCCAUCCACUUCCUGGAUGAGGACCGAGACGAGGAUGAGAGUGAGACGAGAACACUUCUGCGGCGAGCUACCCCACACCCAGGGGAGCUGAAGAACAUGAAGAGGACGGUGGAGAGUUUACGGAACGACAUGAAUGCUGCUAAAGGGCUGGAUUCCAACAAGAACGAAGUCGAUCGCGCCCUGGACCGAGUGACCACUUCUGUGUAGACUGUCGCCGCGGCUCCCACCUCCUCGUCUUCCCUGCUGUCUGGACACUCCCGUCUGCUUCCCGGGAGCCGCCCUCCUCACCCGCGUGGCCCUGCCGCUGGCCGGCCAUGCUCCUGCCCAGGAAGUGCCUUAGCCCUCAUCCGGGCGGCGCCCAGUGCUCUUCUGGCCUGUUUGGGUUUUGGUUUUGAUUUUUUAAAAAUUUCAGUUGUUUGUAAUAAGUAGAAUACACUACUGUAAACACCUGA